UUAACUGAUUUGUUGACAAUAUUUUGUUAGACAUCACAUACCAAAACUAUAUUUAUUAUAAUUCAUUAUGUCCAGCUUAGUAAAUGCUUCUUGGUUAACAGUUUCUGUAAGCAAGGUGGGUGACUCUUAAGUUUUUUUUCAUAAGUUUCAGUGGAGACAAUAGUUUUCAUUAAUUUCUGCCUUGUGAGAUGGCAGCCAUCCCUCAGGCCAAGUUGCUGCACCAGUAUCAGAUAAUAAUCUUCAUGCUGGUAACAGCUGAAUAUUUUCUUUGGCCAACUGCAGAUUUUGAUCUUAUGUACAUUUUGAUAGCUUAGUUAGCUGUUGUAAUUAAUUAGAUAAUUUAAGGCAGAGUGAAGCUAACUGGAGUGUUCACUGGAGCACUGCAGUGUUCCUGCUGUGCUUGUGAAUGGUGCUGUUAGACCGUACAGGGACUCCUCUUGCUUCUCUCAUCAGUAAAGGGGGCUGUGUGUUAACAUGAUCAUUUAGGCUUUACCCCUGGUCAGUGCUAAUCUCUCCAGUUUUCUUCUUCUCUCUGAGGAUGACAGAAAUGGCUGCAUUUCUCUCUAUACCAGAAGCAUCAGUGACUAGAGCAGAGAUAGAAUUAAUCUUACUUCUAGGCCUCCACUUGUGCUGCAGUGCACAUAGCCUCUAGUCCUUUAGGUGCCUGUGGACUGGAGCUUUUCUGUUACCAUAAGAGCUUUCCCAGCUGACCAUCACUCUUCCUGAUCAGUUGGCCUUAGCAGUACACCUGUCCUUGGGAGGCCAUGGUACAUGCUCCAUAAAACUGUUUCGGGAUCUUUCCACAUAAAAAGCUUUUACAAGAUCUAAAAUAGGAAGGAGUGAAAUGUAUUUCCUGACCUGCUGAAUGCCUUGAAGCACUAGCAGAGCUAGGUACUCAUCCUUUUGUCAUUCCUGCCUCCCCAUCUUGGACCAUUGGCUCCUGAGGUGUGUAGUCUGAGUCCUGAAGCACAGUACCUACAUCAGAAAUGUGCAGUGGCAACCAGAGUAAUUAAGGGCAAUCAUACUCCUUUCACUUUCUUUAUAUGCUGCAACAUCAGUGACUAGAACUAGUAAAGGAAUGCUCAAUUCACUAAAAUUUUGAGGGACUAAAAGAUUGUGAAAACAAAGAAGUGGAAGGCUGCGUUUGCCUUUAAGGAGAUCAGCACAACUGAGGAACAGUCAUGCUCAUCUAACAGGGCUGGUUUCAAAUUGCUUCAGGUAUGAGCACAAGGAUUCUGAGACAUCUGCUCUGUGGGUUUCAACCUCAUUAUGUUUCUCUCUAAAAUGGUUCCUUCCUCAAAUCACAUAAACAUAACAAUGCAAAGAAGAAAAGAAAUAGGGGCGUAUCUACACCUGACAGAAACUAGUGAGACGUAACUGGGAGCCAAAAACAUGCACAGACAUGGUGAAGUCUAAGCAUGCAGAUAAGCUGUGUUUUACCCACGCCCAAGUCAGACACAAAACAGCUUCAGAGAGCUACAGAACACUGGAUCUCUGAGUAAGUCACUUCAGAAAAUCUUCACGAUGUUCCUUGCUAAAGCUUUGCUGAGUGGAGGAAGUGGAGGAAGUGGAGGAAGUGGUAAGAGUCGUGGAGGAAACCUUGUACGUGGCCUUGGAGGGCUCCUGACAGGAGGUGGAGGUGCAGGGAAUAUUGGAGGACUUGUUGGAGGUCUCGUCAACCUUAUAAGUGAAGCGGCAGCUCAGUAUAACCCAGAGCCACCUCCACCUCCUCGCAAUCAUUUUACAAAUUUGGAAGCUCAGGAGAGUGAUGAGAUCAGACAAUUUCGUCGCCUGUUUGCCCAGCUGGCCGGAGAUGAUAUGGAAGUGUGUGCCACCGAGCUAAGAGACAUCCUGAACAAAGUCCUCUCCAGACACCAAGACCUGAAGGCAGAUGGCUUCAGCUUGGACACCUGCCGCAGCAUGGUCGCCGUCAUGGACAGCGACACGAGCGGCAAGCUGGGCUUUGAGGAGUUCAAGUACCUGUGGAACAACGUCAAGAAGUGGCAAGGAGUGUACAAGCAGUACGACACUGAUCAGUCAGGCACCGUUGGGAGAGCCCAGCUGGCCAGCGCCUUGAGGGCGGCGGGGUUCCAGCUGAACGAGCAGCUGUGCCGGGUGAUCGUGCGCAGGUACGCCGCCGAGGACGGCAGCAUGGACUUCAACAGCUUCAUCAGCUGCCUGGUGCGCCUGGACAGCAUGUUCAGGGCCUUCAAGUCCCUGGACCAGGAUGGAAGUGGCCAUGUCAGAGUGACCAUUGAAGACUGGCUGCAGCUGACCAUGUAUUCGUGAAGGCAAAGAAGAGGCUUUGUGUGGAAGAUGCACCUGGAGGGCUGCACUCCUCUGCUACACUGCUGUGGGCUUUGCCUUUAGUCUUUCUAAGGCAGAUGUAGCAGUAGAUGGCUCAGCCUCAAGUGUAGUGAUUCCUCUUGUGCAUGCACUAGUCUGCUUUUCUGAGGGGUUUCUGUAGGUUGUUUGGGCAGUUGCAAAAAUUAAGAAAAUUCUAAACUUUAAGGUUAGGGAAUAUAUUAGAAAGAUCAAAGCUUAGUUACUGUUUCAUGUAAAGUGGCUUGUACAACUAUUGCAUAAAAAAGAUCCCAAGUUUGGUGUUGAUGUUGAUGUUGCUGUUCUGGUUUGUCAGCAGUCACUAAGCUGGAAUAAAUGCUGUUUGCCUGAAGGCAGUCACUCGUAGAGUCUUGUGCAGUUAUUUCUAACAAGGGGAACAACAUUAGAGUUGCAGUAACUGUAAUGAUCAGUGAACUUACAUAAUCAUUCAAUUUCCUUUCUACUUCUGCUUUUUCAUGCUUGAUUGCUGAAGCAAAACCUCACUUUUACUGUCAGUUCUAUCUGGUGGCCAGGACAAAAUUGAAGACUUAAAUGAGGCUACCUCUGCAAUGAUCUCCUUCCUACAGUUCCAUGAACUAGUCUUUUCUCUCUUUCCUUCAAGCCUAAACAUAGUUAUAAAGCAAACAACUUAAAAUACUACAUUUAUAUUUAGAGAAACUUGAAAUUAUUAUGCAGUCACAUAGCAGAGAGACAGCCAAAGUCAACCUUUGGCUAUCUGAGUGAAAUUUCAUCAGAGUGCAGCAUCCCACUCAAGGUAGUUAUGCAGUUUUGGCUAAGAUGAAAACUUCUGAGUAAAAAAAUAAAAGGAAUAACAUGAACUGUCAAAAGUGCAUUUCUUUGAAUUAAGAAUUACAUUGUUGAUCAAAACAGCUCUUGCACAAGGCGGAUUUCUUGGCAAGGCUCUGCUGCUUUAAACGAAAAUUGUCUUGGGUGUGUGCGAGCUGGCUGGAAUGUGAAAAGAGGAGUUAAAUCGGCAGCCUGGCACUAGAGGCAGUCUCCAGAUGUGAGAGAGAGCCUCUCUCAAAUGCCCCUGCCUUUCCCCAGGGACACAGCAGUGACUCAUUGAGAAAUACCACACAAUACCUGCAGGCCAAUCUACACAUUAAUGGGGUGCUGUGCUUUGGUUUGAUUUGGUCUGUAAGUUUCCAUAGGUUUGAUUUCUAAAUCUUGCACUUGGCAAAUAGUGUUUUUCAAAUUGUUGAGAUAUCCUCCCUGGUAUACUUGCGGAAACCUUUCACUUGAAACUAACUUAAAAUUUGUGCCCAGACUUUUUUCCUCCUGCGCUUUGUUUAAUAGCAAACAGAAAAAUAUUCUUACUAUCCCAGAGAAAAGAGGCUAGUUCCUUCCUAAUGGCAUUCAGCUUCCUCCCAGUUCUUCAGUGGAAAAGCACUCAGUUAUCCAUUGUGCCAUGAAGUGCCAUUUGGGCUCUGAGUAGUAGAAAAGUGAGCAGGAGGUAAAGUGUGAUAUCCUCCUCUAGAGCAUUGAUGCAGUAGUACUUUAAGCUUUAUACUGCAUCUGGCUUGCAGUCCCUGUGCAAAUCUAAAUGGAGAAUGCUUAUGACAGUGCAACUUUCUUGUUUUCCAAAAUCUAAGAUUUACUAUGUUAUAUAAAAAACCAACAACAAAACCCCAGUUACCACAGCAUGCUAUAGGGAAAAUAGCAGCAGAAAGCUGGCUUCCUUAGAGAAAACAGGAGUUCUGAAGGUUACAUUAUGCUUUGAUUCCUUUGUGUAGCAUAACUACAAAUACCCAAAUUCUGAUGUUCUACUUUACCAUGUAGAGAACUGGAGCUUAGUUCACACAUUUUUUCCUUAAAAUAUUCUUGGGUACGUACAUAGGCUGCAAACACAGAUAUGCAUAGAAAGACAAUUGCAAGUGCUUUUUGCAAUGAUGUUACACAAGCACCUAAAGUUUUCCUGUAUUUUCAGUUUAACUUCCAUUUCUUUUCCCAGGCAUCAACCCCAUCAUUUCUCCUUAACCAGAAUGCCAGAGCAUUUGGAAGUUAGCCAGCAUCCCAGAGUUUAGUAGAACUAGUCACAACAUGAACUUGCAAGGAUAUUGAACUCUAUUUCCUACUAAAAUGGCUGGAGUUCUGUCUAUCAGAUUGCACUCAGUUUUGAUUACUGAGUUUUCACAUUCUAAUGAAAGUAAUAUGACCUUUAUUUUGUCUUUUUUCGUGUCAUAUUUCCAUGUGCAGCCACAGCUGUGUUAACUUCUUUCAGAAGUUGUUAUUAAAUUAUUUUAAAGUUUACUUCCUAAUUCUUUUACUGUGAUACAUAUUCUUAGCUUUGAAAGUAAAUUUUAAAAAUAUUCUAAUCACAUCAAACAAUCCUUUGUUAGGAAUACAGUCUGCAAAACUAUCAAAAAAUAAUAUUCUGUGGAACGUUGAACAGUUAUUAUCUCUACUGUUGCUUCAGUUGUUUUAAGACUUUAUGUUUGUAAUGUUACACUUUAAAUUUAGAUCUGCUACCUCUGAGAACUACAGUGUGAAGAAAAUACUGAAAGUCAAACUCUGCACCCAAAGAGAGAUUUGUAAAUAAAACAAUGCGUAUGGGAUAACAUUGUCCUUUUCUAAUGAUUAAAAACUGUCAAAAGUUAUAACCCUUAGACACCUAUGAAAGUAACUUAAAAGUUCAUAUCUGUUUCAUAGCACCCAAAAUUUUCAAGCAGUCUACAGGGCAGCCUUAGUACCUCCCCUGGCAGUCUGCACUGUUCAGCAGCAGAAAACCAAGAGCAGAAAGGUUAAGGUUGGUAUGCUCAAGUGGACAUUAGAAGUUGGUAGGAGAGCCAGAAAUAGAAUCCUGGUCUGGCUCUUUGCUGCAAAUUUACCCAGCUGACCACCCCUCACUCACUUGGCUGGAAAAGUUUUGUGUUGUUCUCAAACAUAGGGACUCCACUUCUUGAGAAAAUGUUUUUCUUGUUGAAAUGCAAAACAUAUUAUCCGCAAAGGGAACUCUGCUUAACACUUCAGUUUGCUUUUAAAACAUUUUUGAUGAAUGCCCUUAUUGUGAAUAUUCAAAACAAUGUCUUCUUGUCUACUUGUCAUCUCUGUUACGCUGUCAUAAUCUGCUCUGUGUCCCACCAUGUAAGUUUUGCAGGUGGCCUUUGCCCAGACAGAUGUUUCCCAAAACACUCAAGAAACUUCCAGUGUGGUGACAGAAACACUACUGACAUAAGCAUGGAUUUCAUCAGGCAUCUGCCAUUCUCCCUGUCUGCAAAUGUAAUGCAGCUUACACAGAAUUAAUCACAAAUCCCAUCAAAGCAAGCUUCAAAUGUUUUGUUGAUGUAACUUUGUAGUUAGCACAUUGAAAUGUUUGUUCAGAUCAAAACUGGAAUUAUUACAGAGGCUGUUCCAAUGAAUUCCUUGCCUUUCUGGCUUAAAAGGUAGGACAGUGCAUUGGCUUCCAAAUAGCAUGUAGGGCAGUGCACAGGCUUCAGAGGAAAGCUUAAGAUAAACCAGGGAGAUCUGGGUGUCCUUUCACUGACAUAUAUUUUAUUGCUGAAGGUUCAAACUCAAAACAACAGCCUCACUCUCAGCCUGUUGAUUCUGCUUUGUCUUGCAUUGGUCUCUGAACUUCAGCCAGUGCCAGUGCUGCAUGCACUGGUACAGUUACCUCAAACACAUGGAUUCCAGUUAUUCUUAGAGCCUUCUUGAAGGCCAUGUACUAAAGACAAACUUUAAGUUGUUUUAAAUCUUUUUUGUUUGUGCUUUGUUUGUUCAUAAAAUAGAAAUCUAUACCCAGUUUGUAGCUACUGAAAACAUGUAUGUUGCUACUCCAGCCUUAGUAUUACAGAUUUAAUGAGCUCUUAGGUUUUUACCCAGGAAGAACAAAAACCCUCAAGUAUUGUAAACUGUCGUAGUGCAUAUGUUGUGUUUGAUUCACAGAAGAGCUUUUAAAGUGAUUUGCAGUAUUAAAUCUAACUGCUGCCAUGCAUGUUUGG